AUGGUACCAGGAAAACGUUAUAAAAAAGUUUUUGAUCAGGAAACAUCACUCUUGGCAUAUUAUGGAGAAGCAAACCCUGAUGAUAGUGAGUCUGAGGAAGAGCCAAGGCCGAAGGCUUCUGCACAUCAUUCUUCAGAAAUUAAACAGAAGGAAGAAGCAUUGAAGAGAACUUGGGGGAUGGGAAAAAGGAAGUCACCAGUAUUAAUUGCAGCAGAGAAUGGCAUCAUAGAAAUGGUGGAGAAGAUCCUGAAACUUUUUCCAGCAGCCGUUCGCCAUGUAGAUUCAGACCAGAAGAAUAUAGUGCUGUUGGCAGUGAAGAAUAGACAAAUCAGUGUUUAUGAGCUAUUACUCAAUCGGAAACCUCUGGAAGAAAGUGCAUUUCGUAUGGUUGAUAGUGAGGGGAACAGUGCAUUACAUCUUGCAGCAACUUUAGGAGAUUAUAGGCCAUAUCCCUUUGCAGCUUUGCAAAUGCAAUGGGAGAUCAAAUGGUAUAAGUACGUAAAGAAUUCCGUACCAAGACAUUUCUUCAUUCGCUACAACAACAAGAACCAGGUCCCAAAGGAGAUCUUCACAGAAUCACACAAAGAACUUGUAAGAGAAGGCGGCAAAUGGCUAAACAACACUUCAAAUUCAUGUUCAGUAGUAGCAACACUUGUUACAACCGUAGCCUUUGCCACCACAGCCACUAUACCAGGAGGCUUCAAGGAAAAUAGCAGCGAACCUACCCUUCAACAUCAUCCGGGAUUUCUGGUCUAUGCAAUUUCAUCCCUCAUUGCUCUAUCCUUUUCAGUCACCUCUGUGGUCACUUUUCUGGCAAUUCUAACAUCUAGAUACCAAGUGAAAGAUUUUGGUAGAGGGUUGCCACGAAAGCUAUUGCUAGUGGCGUGCCUCCCAGUAACAUUUUUUGCGGUGGCACAGUUUCCCUUCUACUUUGAUCUCAUAUGGGCCAUCUUUAAGAAAGUGCCACAGCGUACUAUCUAUGGUUAGUGAUUAAAAUGUAAAUAAUUGCAGUUGUUUUUCUCCCCUCCUUUUGGGGCUUGUGUUAAUUGGUUAUCUUGCUUAUAAACUCUCUAGCCUUGAUCUCAUGCCUUUGUCUUGUUAGUA